ACAGGGCCCACGAUAGGAAGUUGGUGGCUCUCGCGCCCUAGGACGUGGCUGCUUUUCGUUGCUUAAACUAAAAUCACUCUCACAACCAGAGCGUCAACCAUGGUCCGCUUCGCUCCUGCAGCGUGCCGCGCACCCUGGCAUAAUCACAAUGCAGCCCGGCAUCUUUAUAACCGUCUUCUGUCGUCCUCUCCAUCAUUGCAGCGCGAGGCAGGACCUAGGCCGCAUCUCCGCAAACGCCAAACAACCCUCUCGUCGAUUCAAUUGCCUCGCUUUUACCUCUCUUCCCGCUUCUCGUCCGCCUCCAGUAUCCCUCCACCCAACCCCCACCCUCCUCCUGCCUCAUUUCCUAACUUGUUCUCAACCGCUGCGGCCGUUCUUGGGACUCUGACGGCUGUUGAUCUGCUCGGAAAUGAUGGCCGUAUUACCAUCCCGACGCUCUACUGGCUCAUGGACCAUCCAGGCAUGGUACUGUUGCGCUCGCUCGAUCCUGAGACCGCCCACGACUGGGCGAUAUGGGCCCUCAGCAAAGAAUUGGUACCUGCCAACCACACCGGCCAGGAAGAUCGAAGCCCACCCUCGCUGGAGGUCUCCCUGUGGGACGAUGCGUGCGUAUUUCCGAAUCCGGUGGGCGUGGCGGCAGGCUUCGACAAGCACGCGCAGGCUGUGAAGGGGCUGCUGGGGCUGGGCUUGGGAUUUGUCGAGGUAGGAAGCGUGACCCCAAGGCCUCAAGACGGGAACCCCAAGCCACGGAUGUUUCGUUUGGAAGAGGAUCGGGCCGUGAUCAACCGGUACGGGUUCAACUCGCACGGCGUGGCCGCGGUCAAGCGGCGGCUGCAGGACUACUGGGAAGGGCGGCUCCGGGCCGACGAGGAGGGCAGGGAGAAGACUGACGAGGGGAGGAGGGGCCUCGUGGGUGUGAACGUGGGCAAGAACAAGACAACCGAAAGGGCGGAGGAGGACUACGUUCUUGGAGUGCGAGAGCUGGCUCCGUACGCGGACUACCUGGUGGUCAACGUCUCGAGCCCCAACACCCCGGGGCUGCGAUCCCUGCAACGGAAGGGCGCCUUCCAGUCUCUGAUCCAAGCCGUGCAACGGGAGCUGAAGGGUCCAAGCGGCCACGCGAGAGGAUUCGCGACGAAUGUGCGCGGUCGGCGGGUGCCUCUGCUCAUCAAGGUGGCUCCGGAUUUGACGGAGGAGGAGAAGAAGGACAUCGCUGCCGUGGCCCUCGAGACUGGCAUCGACGGCUUGAUUGUCAGCAACACAACGGUCACUCGGCCACCAAUCCUCCGCUCGCGGCACGCGGGAGAAACAGGCGGGUUGAGCGGCUCGCCACUCAAGGAGCUGGCGACACAGACCGUCCACGACUUUUACCGUCUGACGGGAUACGGUCAAUUGCCGAUCAUUGGGGUGGGAGGCAUCGGCUCGGGACAGGAUGCCUACGAUAAAAUACAGGCGGGGGCGUCGCUGGUGCAAGUACGAAAGAUCCUGGAUAAAGGGGAGGGAGCAGCGGGCAAUGCGCGCGAAGCCUCUGUCUUGCGCCGUGUCUACAGUAUGCUUGUCUACGAAGGGCCUGGGGCGGUCAAACGCAUCAAUCGCGAGCUAGCUACCUUGUUAGAGAGGGACGGCUACACAAGGAUCAGUGAUGCCGUAGGGGCGGCGCAUCGAAGGAGGCAAGAGGAGCCGCAUAUCUUAACCGUUGAUCUGGUUGAGAAGGGGACCGAAAGGGUUGGGAAGAAAGACACGGGAAGGGGACUUUGGUGGGGUUGGUGGCGACAAUCCUAAACAGAAUGCGAAGCAGUUGCUGGCACAAUAUGCACUGUGCGAUCCCAGCUUACAAGCGAAUUGCAGGGUUGACAAACAACCAGAUUGAUUGGGAG